GAUGAAGGGAGCUGGCUCCACAGUUUAGCGGAACUGGCUCUUGUUGACAUCCCUCCUCUGGAAUGCAGUGUGCAGUCUCUUUGAAGGAAUAACGUGGACUCACCUACAGCCAGGCUCCACUCAUGUCUCCGCACCUCCUUGCUUCAUCGUCAUCAUCAUCUUUCUGGCUAAUGCUGUGUUUCCUGCUCAGUGUCGUCUUGCUGCUGUCUUCAGGGGUCCAUGGCCAAGGUCGUCUAAAGCUGACGGUCCUGUCUGAGGACAGACUGCAGAUGAAGUGGAAGGAGGCUGAUGGACCCGUUCAGGGCUACAAGGUCCGGGUGAGACCCAUCUCAGAGGUGCCACAGCCAGAGCUGAUGCUGACCACCACACGGGGCCGGGCAACAGUGGCGGGACUGGACUCCAGUCAGGAAUACGCCCUCCAAGUCCUUGUGCUCAAUGGAACGACAGAGAAACUUCUUGCAAAACGACGAUUCACCAUGGAGGGUCUGCGGGAGGAGGAAAUGAUCCGCAGUGGCAGUCGAGAGCAGAGGAAGAAGUUGCUGCCAGGCGGGUCGGGGUCAGGAGACCUGGACGAUGUAACGGAGGCUCUGUUGGGCCUGCCAACAAUUCUGUAUCCAGACCCCACCACCACUGCUGCUGCAGCUACUGCAGAGCCCACAGCAAUAGAAACCCCGUCUCAGCUCCCUGACGAGGCCCCAGAGAAAACCAGCAAAGAGAAGAGGAAGAGGAAGAAAGAAAAAGAGCGGGAUCGUUCUAGGGUGGAGAAUAAAGAGGAGCAGGGGACAACACAGGGCAAAGCAGCUGAGGAGAAACCUCGAAAGAUACCCUUCCCUACCCAGCCGGUUACAGGAAUGUCUCCAAGGAAACCGUUUGAGUGUGACACUGAUGCAGCCGCGGACAUCAUGUUGUUGGUGGACGGCUCCUGGAGCAUUGGACGCACUAACUUCAGACGGGUCAGGGACUUCUUGGAGGGCUUGAUGACACCCUUCCACAUCGGGCCGAACUACAUUCAGAUCGGUCUGACCCAAUACAGCGGAGACCCCCGCACAGAAUGGCAGCUCAACAACUUCACUACUAAAGACCAGCUGUUGGAGGCAGUAAGGAAUUUUAGAUAUAAGGGAGGAAACACAUUUACAGGCCAGGCGCUGCUCCAUGUCAUGGAGGAGAACAUGAGGGCUGAGGCAGGUGCAAGGUCAGGCGCACCGUUCUUCUUGGUCUUGUUGACUGAUGGGAAAUCUCAGGAUGAUGCCAUUGCUGCAGCGAACCGGCUGAAGAAUGCUGGUGUGGAGAUCAUCGCUGUAGGUGUAAAGAAUGCUGAUGAGGCGGAGUUGAGACAAGUGGCGUCGGAGCCAGUGGAUCUGAACGUUUACAAUGUCAAUGACUUCCCUCUGCUCAGCAAACUGGUGGCGCGACUGGUCCACAUCCUGUGUGGGAGGAUAGAGGACCGUGGCAUCUCAAAACGAAUGGAGCCUGGACCCACAGCAGACCCAGCCCUCUCCUACCCCAGUCCAACUGAUCUCCGUUUCUCUGAACUGGGCUCCAGAGAAGUGAAGCUUCAUUGGACCAAUCCUGCUAAGCCAGUCCAACAGUACAGAGUGGUCUACCAUAGUGCCGAGGGUCAGAGUCCACAGGAGGUGGUGUUGGCUGGCUCAGAGUCCACUGUGCUGCUGGAAGGCCUCUCCUCUCAGACCCUGUACCAUGUGUCAAUCUUUCCUGUGUAUGAAAACAAUGUUGGCCUGGCACUCAGAGGAACUGUCACUACAUUGCCACUGGCCAUGCCUGCCAACCUGGAGGUGACUCCUUCCUCUUACAGCAUGCUGCGAGUGAGUUGGGGUGCAGCGCCCGGUGCAACACAGUACAUGAUCCUGUAUUCAGCACUCAACCACGGAGAGCCCGACGAUGCCAAGGAGGAGAAAUUCAGUGCAGACCAGACAGUGGUGGAGCUGGCAGGGUUACUGCCGGCAACAGACUACUCUGUCACUCUUUAUGCUCUGUAUGAUGAGGAUCCCAGCGACCCUGUCACUGCUGUUGCCACCACAUUCCCUCUCCCACCACCAGUGAGUGUUCAGUUCCCAAUGGUCACCCACAGUAUGCUAAAGGUGAGCUGGGCGCCUGGAGCUGUGGACGUCCCUGGCCACAGAAUCACCUACAGCACCAACCACGGCAGUGACGUCAAGCAGGUGGAGGUAACAGGACUGAACUCAGUGCUGGUGCAGAACCUUUCCUCUCUGUCUAGAUACCUGGUUUCAGUUCAGUCUCACUACCCACAAGGCCUUUCUGCAGCACUCACCAGCAACGUCACCACACUGAAGGUGCCUGCCCCAACAGACCUCAGGGUGACUAAUUUCUCAGGCAGUGAUAUCACCGUCCGCUGGGAGGCUGCAGCCGAUGAUGUUGUCUCUUAUCUCAUCAAGUGGAUUUCCCUCAGCGGGGGAGACCUGAGACAGCUGAGGGUGAGUGGUGAGAGUGAGGGGGCAAUCCUGGAGGGGGUGGAGGACGAAAAGGAAUACCAGAUCUCUCUGUCUGCACUUUAUGGAGAUGGAGCUCAGAGUGAAGCUGUGGCCAUACGCUACAGCACCUUGUCUGGUGGAGGCCCAUCCAGCAUAUCGGUCUCAGAGGAGACAGCGGUCAGCAUGGUAGUCAGCUGGGUACCUCCCAAUGCUCACGUUCUUCAGUAUCGUGUGACAUACACUGCCCUGACUGCAGCUGAAACCCAGGACAGCACUGUGUUGGUCCAAGGUGGUGAAAAGCGGGUGGUGCUGGAGUCGUUACAGCCUGAUACACGUUACAGCAUCCUGGUCACUGCUGAGUACCGCAACAGAGAAGGAGGCAGCGGUUCAGCUCAGGGCAAAACCACCAGUCUGAGGGUUAGCAGUGUGAGUGUGGUCAGGUCAGACCACUCCAGUAUCUGUGUGUCUUGGAGACCUGUGUCUGCCGUCGAUGGAUAUCGUAUUGUCAUACAGUCUGUUAAAGACAAGCAAACAAAGGAACAAACUGUCGAUGAGUCCAGCAGCAGCCACUGUUUCACUGAUCUGGAACCAGAGACUCUCUAUCGCAUCAGCGUGCACUCACUUCUGGGCUCAGCAGAGGGCGCUGCCGUCUCCAUUCUCCAUCCAACAGCCACAGCUCCUGCCAGAAUUCCCAUCCAUCCCAGAAUGUACCCUAUCCACAAUGAAGUCUGCCCUGAAGUCACCAUCAGAAACAACAUUGUUAAAGGAUUUGACAUGAUGGAAGCAUUUGGUCUGACUCAGAGAGCUCACUCGUCUGUGGAGGGCGUGGCAGCCGAGCCUUUUGUCUUCAACACGCUCCCCACCUACACUCUGUAUAGAGACGUCCAGCUGACACAGAGCACUAAGUUUAUCCACCCUGCAGGUUUCUCUCCAGAACACACCAUCAGCAUUGCAUUUCGCGUCUUGCAGGAAACACCCAGGGAGCCUUUCGCUCUCUGGCAGCUCACUGACAACGACUUCCAGCCCAAGAUGGGAGUGGUGCUUGACCCUACUACCAAGCAUCUGGUGUAUUUCAGUCUGGACUACAGGGGAGAAGUGCAGGAACUGACCUUUGACCAGUCGCAGGUCCACCGACUGUUCUAUGGCAGUUUUCACAAGAUUCACCUGUCUGUCAGCCAGGUGAGUGUGUCCCUAUCUGUGGACUGCCAGCGCGUUGGUGAGAGGCCUGCCCGCCCUCUAGGCAACCUACCAACUGAUGGUUUUGAGAUGCUGGGAAAACUGGUGAAGACCAGAGGACCCAAUAGUGGAUCUGUGCCGUUCCAGCUGCAGUCCUUUGAGAUCGUCUGUAACACCACAUGGGCUUUAGACGAUACCUGCUGUGACCUGCCUGGAGUGAGAGAUGAGGAGGGAUGUCCUGCCCCGGCGUACACCUGUACCUGUUCCUCUGACAUCCCCGGAGCUCCGGGUUCCCCUGGACCAUCUGGAAAGCCAGGUCCUCGUGGUGAGAAAGGUGAUAAGGGAGAACAAGGCCAAAAGGGGGAGGUGGGACCUCCAGGAAAAGCUGGAUUUGAGGGAGGUCUUGGACCCCUUGGCAGCAUAGGACCCCGAGGCAUGUCCGUGCAGGGUAAAGUGGGUCCACCUGGUGCAAGAGGGGAAAAAGGAGAUGCUGGGCGACCAGGAGUCCAGGGUUUACCAGGACCUCCGGGUCCAAAAGGUGAAGAGGGGAUUCCAGGCCCCAAGGGCAUUAGGGGACCUGAAGGUAACAUUGGUGGACCUGGCAUAACUGGACCCAGGGGUUUCCAAGGAAUGCCAGGACACCCAGGACCUCCAGGGGAAAGGGGCUUCACAGGACCUGUGGGACCUACGGGUCUGUCGGGGGGUAAAGGAGAGCGAGGAGAGAAGGGGGAGCCUCAGUCUAUGGCUAUGAUCUACCAACUGGUCACACAGGCCUGUGAGCAACUAGUGCAUAAGGAGGUGUUGAAGCUUGACAUGUUCAUUAACGAGAUAAGUCGUAAGCCAGCUCCUGUUGAGGAGCCAGUGGGGCCCCCAGGGGAACCUGGUAUACCAGGACCCAAGGGCCCUCCAGGUGCCAGGGGCGCCCAGGGGCAUGUUGGCCCGAGGGGGAGACCUGGCAAGGCUGGAUAUCCAGGAGAACAGGGAAGGAGAGGGAUGCCAGGGGGGAAAGGUGAUGCAGGGACCAACGUCCAGGGGCCCACAGGUGUCAAAGGAUUUGCAGGUCCUCCAGGUGAGUCCAAGCUGGGAAUCCCAGGUUCCAAAGGAGAAGAUGGUAAGCCAGGCUCUUCAGGGAUCACCGGACCUCCUGGACAGCCGGGCGAGAUUGGACCACCGGGUGUGUGUGACAGCAGUGGAGGCUGCCACAGAGUUCCCCAGCAAACAGAAGACCCUUAUUAUGGCUACCAGCCUUAGGUGGAUAUUAACAAGCAGGCAGCAACGGUAAGGAAGACUGACGUCUGUGUGAAAUGACUAUGGUUCCUUUGGAGCUGAAUGACAGACUGGGAAUGGAGCUUAAAGCACCACUGAAGAGGUUUGGUGUGUUGAACUUGUCACUGACUGAUGCAGAAGCUUCACAUCAUGUGUGAGAAAAGGAACCAAUACAGGAAGGAGCUCUCUUCUUUGUUCUCUUGUUACAGUGCUCUUUGACAUACGAAAAAUGGCUGAGAAAUAAACUAAGAUUCAGUAGGAAGCUUUCUUAUUUAGAGUAGUGUUUUUAUGAACAGAAAAAUAGCAUAAAGGAAAAUAUUUUCACAUUGGGAUCAGUCAGGUGCUGUCUUAUACACCAUAUUCGCACUGAAACCUUUUAUUACUAUGUUUAUGUAUUCAUGCACUGUAUCAAUGCCACGUAGUUUAUCUAUCUGUGUUACAUUUCUACCUAUUUCAUUUGCCAUUCUAACCUUAACUGCCUCAAGGAUAAUGAAAAUGCGUAAUCCAUGGUGUAAAAGCUUCUUUUUGUUCCAUGGUACAAAUGAUACUGUGAGAAUGUCUGUUGUCAUGUGUAUGAUAAUUUGUAUAAUGUUUAUUAUAUUUACUGUACACAGUUAUUCGUGUAUGAUAUUUUAUACUGUACCUAUUUGUAUUGAAAGUCGUGUUUACAUGCUCUGGUUUCAGUGGGAUUUGGGUGAUAAACAAUACAUGAUGUGUGUGUGUGCGUGUGUGUGCGUGUGUGUGCAUGUGUGUGUGUGUGUGUGUGUGUGAGAGAGAGAGAGAGAGAGAGAGAGAGUGCCAGAGAUGUUUGUUUUUAUAUAUCUUGUCAAUAAAAUUCCAUUAAUAUGU